AUGUUUGAAAACAAAUUGGAAACCAUCUCUUUUUGAAUACAAAUCUAGGAGUACAUACGAGUAUCCGGAGCCAAUGGUUAGUCAUUGGUAUCCUUUCUUUGCCAUGUCUCAGCUUCUCCUUCGCCCUGAUGCGACGAGGGAAGUGUUGCUGAACGUGAUUUGACCGACGCAUGACGGGACGAGGACGCAGGUAAUGGGCUCCGAACGGGCCCGCUCGGAGGGAGUGGGAUCAUCCGCCGAGCACCCGAAGUCAGCUGGUGGCGAAGCGGGCGACGCACACCACACGGAUAAGUCUCCUCGCCGAAACCCCCUUCGAGACUGGUCAGACGACGAUGAGGAGACCCUGACGCACGUCGGUGGUGAAGCGACGCCAAGGGGAGGAGACGGCAUCAUCGACCCCCCCAAGGCGGCUGAUGCCGGAUCAUCCCACGCGUCGGCUGCCACAAGUCGGCCGCACGGGAAGGCGGACGUGGCGCCGAGGAAACCGACCGCGAAGCGCACGGCGGACCCGGCCGCCGCCGGCAGACCGCCCGUCAAGAAGAGGCGCCGCGCCGUUCCGGUGGCGCUGAUGAGACCAUCCGUCUCGAUGGUGGUUGGGUCACCACUGGCGCUGGUGUUGGCGGUGAUAGAUGUCGUGUCUGGGGGUGGCUUCGCGUUUCGGAGGUCCCGGAGCAGCGCCAUUGACCGGGACAAGGAGGUGGCCGAUGAGGACCUCAUCCUGAAUCCGACGACGCCGAGGGCUUGCCCUAGCGGGACCGAAACAGGGUCCUGUACGAGAUGGAGGCGGCAUCCUGGGCCUGGGCCAGGGCCGCAGAGGCGAGGGAGUGGGCCGUCGAAGAGUCGGCAUGGCCGGAGAUGCCGGCGGGGAUGUUCUUCGUGCCGCUGAUGGAGGAGUAGCACGGCCUGGAUGGUCGGGCGGAGACUGCGGUGGACGACCGGGAGGUCGUGGUUAUUGGCGAUGGCGGAUGGGACGUCGUAGGUGCCGAUGGGUGGGGAGCCGCAGGGGACGGUGGAUGCGGGGCCGCAGGCAACACCGGCCGUCGCGCCAGGGUCGAGGCCCGCCACGCAAGAGACGGCGAGCCACAAGCACGCCCUGGUGGUUAGGCAGCCACCAAGGGCACGGGUGGACGAUGGCGGGGUGGUGCCUCCAGACGACUUCGGCCUGCUGCUAGAUGACCCGUAGGGCAGCUUUGAGGAGUUGGGUCCUUACGCGGACGAGGACGCCGGUUGGACGACAUCCGCGUCUCGAUGGACCCGGAGGCCACCGGGGAGAAGCCGGUGGCUGCGCAACCCGACGCGGGAGCCGUCUGAAGCCAAAGCCGUCCUGUUUAUCUUUUUAUCAUUUCUGUUAAGUAGCAGGUCCACCCACUCACUGGGGUGUUGGUGAAUGUAAUGAACUUUUGGCCUUGGGCCCAUUUUGUUGUAAUGUAAAUAUUUUUGUGAAUGUUUAUGCUUUUGCU